AUGCCAGGGACGCAGCAGCAGCUGCUGCAGCAGCAGCAGCAGCUGCAGCAGCAGCAGCAGCAGCCUCAGCAAGAGCAGCAGCAGCCUCAGCAGCAGCAAGCAUCUACUCUCCCCGAAACCAUUCCUGCUGCUUUAUUUUAUUCGCGGCCUUCUGCCCCCGCUCCUCCGUCAAAAGCAGCAGGAGCAACAGCAACAGCAACAGCAACACCAACAGCAGCAGCAGCAGCAGCAGCGCCGCAGCUGGGCGACACUGUGUUUCGCUUUGGCCGUUUUGCUGGCAAGACAUUUUCUUUUGUUGCAGCAGCAGAAAGCAGCUACUGCAGAUGGGCCCGCAGCCUUGCUGCUCCCACGGGGCAGCUUGCUGCUUUCGUUGCCUACCUGCAGCAGCAGCAGCAGCAGCAGCAGGGGCUGCUGCCAGCCGAAGUGCAGCUGCAGCACAGGCAGCUCAAGCUGCAGGUCUCUCCCAACAAGACCCUGCGCCUUGCUGCAGGCGGCGCUGCUGCGCAGCAAAGAGCAGCAACAACAGCAGCACCAGCAGCAGCAACAGCAGCAGCGCAGGGAACGGUACCUACAGCAGCUGCUGCUGAUGCCGCAGGACAGGUAGCAGCAGCAGCAGCAGCAAGUGCGGACGCACCAGCGCUGCAGCAUCCUUCCCCACUGUCUCCCUUCAGUUUGCCCUCGACAGAGGAAGCAGCAGCAGCAGCAGCAGCCCCUGCACCUGCUGGUGCCGCUGCUGCUGCCCCGCCUGCUGCUGCUGCUGCGCAUCCCACUGUGGAGGACCUCGCGAGUGACUUCGACUUCGACAUCAGUGUGCUGCAAGAACAGCAGCAGCAGCAGCAGCAGCAGCAGCAGCAGAAUGAUGCAGCAGCAGCAGCAGCAGCAGCUCCUGCUGCCGCAGCAGAAGCGCCCGCAGCAGCAAAACCGCAGCAGCAGCAACAACAGCAGCAGCCAGUUGCUGUUUGUGUCCCUGUCCGAGUGUCUCAAGCCCCCAAAAGCGCCCUGCAGUUUAUGGAUGCCUUUCGCUACGAUGCUGCUGCUCCCUGCAGCAGCAGCAGCAACAGCAGCAGCAGCAGCAGCAGCAGCAGCAGCACCUUCUCGAGGGUGCUGCCAUUCGGCAAGACGGCAGGGGCGAACGCAGCCACAGCAGCAGCAGCAGCAGCAGCAGGCACUGCGGCUUCUCCAACUGUUCACUUGGAAGCAACAAUAUCUUUUGAGAUUUGUUCAGAAGACAAGUUUAGAGUUCUCGCGCUGCAGCAGCAGCAGCAGCUGCACAGAAGACACGGGGCCCCACGCGGCGGCAGCAAAGGUGCUUUGUGGAGCCCUUUGCUGCCAAGGGCUCUGGGGGAUUACCUGCUGGCUCUCAAGGAGGGUUGGGCUAAAGAGGAAGACACACAAGGUGCUGCGACGGGAAGUAGCAGCAGCAGCAGCAGCAGCAGCAAGUUUGGCAGCAGCGGCACAGCAGUUGAUCCAGGGCCCUUUGAAGCUUCUCGAUACACGCAGGUUCUUGAGGGCGUUAAACAGGGCUUUACGUUCACUUCCUUGGAGCCUAUUCCUUCGUUUGUGCUGCGGGCCUUUGCUGCAUUCCAACCUUUUGCUGCUGCUGCUGCUGUGCCCAAGAAGACGGCGCUGGUGCUGCUGCGGCACAAGCUCCCACCAUCACCCCAGCUGCUCGGCCUUCAGCAGCAGCAGCAGCAGCAGCAGCAACAGCAGCAGCAGUCGUCUGCUGGCGACGCAUCUUCGGGCGGGAGCGCCGGCGCCGCGCCUGAAGCCGCAGCAGCUGCAACAGCUGCAACAGCUGCAGCUGCUGCAGCAGCUACCCCCGCCGGGGCACCCGCAGCAGCAGCAGCCGAAGGCGCAGCAGCAGCAGCAGCAGCAGGCGUGGAGCCGAAUCUUUUUGCUUCUCUCAGGGAGUUCCAAAGACAAGGAGUUGCUUUUGGACUGCAGCGCCACGGGAGAGUUCUCAUUGGCGACGAAAUGGGACUUGGAAAAACCAUACAGGCCCUCACAAUCGCCGCACAGUAUCUUGAAGACUGGCCCCUUCUCGUUGUUUGCCCCUCUUCCAUUCGAUUCCAGUGGCGAGACCAGGCGCUGAGGUGGCUGGGGCAUAUCCUUUCUCCUGAACAGAUCUGCAUCAUAAGGAACGGGAAAAGCGAAAUAGCGCCUGAGACCCGACUGGUCAUAAUCUCUUAUGACCUUUUGGCCAAACAAGAGAAGUUCCAGGCCAACUACCAGUGCGUCAUCUGCGACGAGUCCCACUACUUGAAGAACCACCACGCCAAGAGGACGCAAGCGAUUUGCCCAAUGCUGCGGCAAGCGCGGCGGGCUUUGCUGCUGUCAGGGACCCCCGCCCUAAACCGCCCAGUGGAGCUUUACCAGCAGCUGAACUCCCUACUGCCGGACUUGUGUUCGUACCGGGAGUUCAGCGCGCGGUACUGCCUUCCCGUUUUUAAUUCUUUUUCCAAAAGAAUGGAAGACGAAGGCCACCAGCAUCAGCAAGAGCUGCAUUUGCUGCUGAAGGAAACCAUUCUCAUUCGCAGACUCAAGAAGGACGUCCUCACAGAACUCCCCCCCAAAACAAGGUCGCGCAUUCCAAUAGAAAUCCCCGCGAAGGAGAUGAGGGAAAUUCGCAAACGGAUGGAAGGCGUUGAUGCUGCUGCUUUGGUUUCUUUUGGAUCAAAAGCAGCAGCUGCUGCUGCUGCAGCAGCUGCAGCAGCAGCUGAUUCAGCAGAGGCUCCGGACAGCUGCGCAGCAGACCCCUCGCCGCCCGCGCAGCAGCAGCAGCAGCAGCAGCAGCAGCAGCAGCGGGGGAGCCACGCAGCAGUGUCGGAGCUGUUUGCGCUGACGGGGCGGGCGAAGCUGGGGGGCGUGUGCGAGUACUUGGGCUACUUGCUGCAGUGCAGCGUGAAGUUUAUUGUUUUUGCUCAUCAUUUAUUUGUUUUGGAUUUUAUUUUUUUGUUUUUGCAAAAACAAGAAAAGACAAAAGCUGUUCUCAUUGACGGCAGAACGCCCCAGCACCAACGCGAAGCCAAGGUCCGCCAGUUCCAGACGGACCCCGACUGCAAGGUUGCUGUGCUGUCAAUAACGGCUUGCGGGCAAGGACUGGACUUAACUGCUGCAAGUACAGUGGUCUUUGCGGAGCUGUAUUGGGUGCCGGGGUGCAUUCUUCAAGCUGAAGACAGAUCCCACAGAAUUGGCAGCAAACACCAGGCAGUGCAAAUCCACUACUUGAUUGGAGAGGGGACUCUGGAUGAUGCAGUGUAUCGGAUGCUGCAGAGCAAAUGGGGUGUACUGACAACUGCUCUGGACGGGGAGCAGAAGCAGCUGAAAAUGGAAAGCUGCAGCAAAAACUCAGUGCCUUGUUUGCUGCAGCAAGGCGACAGCAGCAGCAGCAGCAGCAGCAGCAGCGGGGCUGCCAUUAACACUAAUGGCGAUAACUUUAAUAAAAGUAAUGGCAAUUAUAAAAGCAAAAAUGGCAAAUUAAAAAAGUGCAAAGAGCCGGAAGAAGAACAUAAAGAUGUUUUCGAUUUGAGCGAAGAAGAAGACACAGAUGAUGUGCUCGAGGUGCAGAAAACAGACAAAAGGAAGCAGCAGCAGCAGCGGCAGCAGCAGCAGCGGCAUGGGCUGCUGCAGUUCUUCAAGAAGGCCCGUACCGACUUGGCAGACAACAGCUGA